AGUGCCCGGUGAAGAAUGUGAUGGGAUCAGUAGCAUGUCUUCGGAGAGCGGCCCUGGGACGAGAUUAAGAAAUCUGCCCGUAAUGGGGGAUGGACUAGAAACUACCCAAAUGUCUACAACGCAGGCCCAAGCCCAACCCCAGCAAGCCAACGCAGCCAGCACCAACCCCCCGCCCCCGGAGACCUCCAACCCCAACAAGCCCAAGAGGCAGACCAACCAACUGCAAUAUCUGCUCAAAGUGGUGCUCAAGACACUAUGGAAACACCAAUUUGCGUGGCCUUUCCAGCAGCCUGUGGACGCCGUCAAGCUAAACCUCCCUGAUUACUAUAAGAUCAUUAAAACACCUAUGGAUAUGGGAACAAUAAAGAAGCGCUUGGAAAACAACUAUUACUGGAAUGCUCAGGAAUGUAUCCAGGACUUCAACACUAUGUUUACAAAUUGUUACAUCUACAACAAGCCUGGAGAUGACAUAGUCUUAAUGGCAGAAGCUCUGGAGAAGCUCUUCUUGCAAAAAAUCAACGAACUGCCCACAGAAGAAACAGAGAUCAUGAUAGUUCCAGCAAAAGGAAGAGGACGUGGGAGGAAAGAAGCAGGGCCGGCAAAACCUGGCGUCUCUACGGUACCAAACACAACGCAAGCAUCGACUCCUCCGCAGACACAGACCUCUCAGCAAAACCCUCCACCUGUGCAGGCCACACCUCACUCCUUCUCCACCAUCACCCCAGACCUCAUUGUCCAGACCCCUGUCACAGUGGUGCCUCCCCAGCCACUGCAGACUCCCCCACCUGUGCCCCCUCAACCCCCACCCCCACCAACUCCCCAACCUGUGCAGAGCCAUCCACCCAUCAUUGCGGCCACCCCACAGCCUGUGAAGACAAAGAAGGGUGUUAAGAGGAAAGCAGACACCACCACCCCCACUACCAUCGAUUCCAUUCAUGAGCCACCUUUGCUGCCCCCAGAGCCCAAGACCACCAAGCUGGGCCCCCGGCGGGAGAGCAGCCGGCCUGUGAAGCCCCCAAAGAAGGAUGUGCCCGAUUCACAGCAGCACCCAGCACUGGACAAGAGCAGCAAGAUCUCAGAGCAGCUCAAGUGCUGUAGCGGCAUCCUCAAGGAGAUGUUCGCCAAGAAGCAUGCCGCCUAUGCUUGGCCUUUCUACAAGCCCGUGGACGUGGAGGCGCUGGGCCUUCAUGACUACUGUGACAUCAUCAAGCAUCCCAUGGAUAUGAGCACAAUCAAGUCUAAACUGGAGGCCCGUGAGUACCGUGAUGCUCAGGAAUUUGGUGCAGAUGUCCGGUUGAUGUUCUCCAAUUGCUACAAGUACAACCCUCCUGACCACGAAGUUGUAGCCAUGGCCCGAAAGCUCCAGGAUGUAUUCGAGAUGCGCUUUGCCAAGAUACCGGACGAGCCUGAGGAGCCUAUGGUGGCUGUGUCGUCCCCUGUGGUGCCACCCCCCACCAAGGUUGUGGCCCCACCCUCAUCCAGUGACAGCAGCAGCGAUAGUUCCUCGGACAGCGACAGCUCAACUGAUGACUCUGAGGAGGAGCGAGCCCAGCGGCUGGCCGAGCUUCAGGAGCAGCUCAAAGCCGUGCACGAGCAGCUUGCAGCCCUCUCGCAGCCCCAGCAGAACAAACCAAAGAAAAAGGAGAAAGACAAGAAGGAAAAGAAAAAAGAAAAGCACAAAAAGAAAGAGGAAAUGGAGGAGAAUAAGAAAAGCAAAGCCAAGGAACUUCCUCCCAAAAAGACCAAGAAAAACAACAGUAGCAACAGUAACACAAGCAAGAAGGAGCCGGUGCCCAUGAAGAACAAGCCUCCUCCAGCAUACGAGUCAGAGGAGGAGGACAAGUGCAAGCCCAUGUCAUAUGAGGAGAAGCGCCAGCUCAGCCUGGACAUCAACAAGCUCCCUGGUGAGAAGCUGGGCCGAGUGGUACACAUCAUCCAGUCGAGGGAGCCCUCACUCAAGAACUCCAACCCCGACGAGAUUGAGAUCGACUUCGAGACCCUAAAGCCAUCCACGCUGCGGGAACUGGAGCGCUACGUCACCUCCUGUUUGCGGAAGAAACGGAAACCUCAAGCCGAGAAAGUGGAUGUGAUUGCUGGCUCCUCCAAGAUGAAGGGCUUCUCGUCCUCUGAGUCUGAGAGCACCAGCGAGUCCAGCUCCUCUGACAGUGAAGACUCCGAAACAGGUCCUGCCUAAUCAUUGGACACGGACUCUUAAUAAAACGGUCUUCAGUUCCAGAUUCCUUCCCAGCAAGCUCUAGCUUAAGUCCAUUUUCUUCUGUGAAAGGGACAGGACUCCAUCAAGUUAUGGAAUUCCUCAGAGCCCUGGGCCUGUCCCCAGGGUGCAUUAGUCAUGUCCAUCAGAGCAGCACACGCCUAGUCCCGCCUCCGGGAAGGCUGCCUGGCCUGGCUGGCCGCCCGGGCCUCCUGUGUACAGACUGCCUGGCUGUCCCGCCCAGCCUCCUUGGUCGUCUGGGCUCCUCUGGGUGGGUGGCAUCUCCCAGAGUGAUGACAAUCUCGCUGCACACGCAUGCGUGUGGUGCUGCUCCAUGUGCAAGGCCCCAUCACAAGUAUGUUUUCUCUCUCUUCAUCCCUCUGUCUCUUUCUGGGACUCUGGAUCCUAACCACUUCCCUCCUGGACCUGGCAGUGACAUGUAGCCCAGAGGAGAUCUCAUUCACCCUAUGGAAGAAAGAACACACUAACAUCUAGAGCUUUCCCAAGUGAGGAAUGGGGGCUGUCCCUCAGCACGCCUUCUUUUUAGUGGCCCAUGCAGCUCCAUCAGCCGAAGGCUAUCACCAGCCACAGCUGACUUACAGCCCCUGGAGUCCUUGCAUUUUUGUUGUUCCCGUGGUUACCUAUUGGGCAUUUUUCCAAUUUCUUUAGCCUCUUCUCCUAAAGUUGCAUAGGGAAAGGCCCUCCUAGGCUGCCUUUUGUCCUUCCCAGGUGAAUAGGAGCAGGCUGCAGUGGGGCUGGCCACUGGUGAGGGCAUUUGGGGAGGUGGCUGUGACCUGGCCCCUGGAGCCCAUCAUCUCUGCCCCCGUGGUGUCAGGGUCUGGGCUAGUAGGUGAGAAAAGGUUCUCAAAAAUCCAGGGCACUGGUCAGUGGUAAGGGCAUCAAAGCCCUUAGAGCCAGCUCCCUACACAUCUCUGAGGGACAUGGCCAGUGCGAGCACCCUCCUGUUUUUUAGGCCCCUGAAAUAAUGGCAUCUGCUGGGAGUUUGGCAGGCCAGGGUGGCCAUAUCAUAUAAGCCCUCUGAGAGGCACUGAAUGGGCUUUUUUGCUCUAAAAAUAAAUAUUGGCCCUUUUUUGGUCAUGAAUCCAGCAUCUUAGCAGAAAACUGCCUGAUGUGAAAAGUUCCCUAAGGAACAGCAUCAGCCUUAAGGGAGAUUUUUUAUUUUUUUUUUUAAUAUAGUUUGUGCAUACUUCAAGACCUUGCCAUCUGCUGGCAUCUUGGAGCCAGCCUUCUGGAACUAGAGCAGGCUUGAAGGGGUGCAGUUCACUAUCCGCAGGCCCAAGCGGCUGUAGCUGCCUCAGAUUGGCCUUGGCCUUGGGUUCUAGCUCUAGCCUCCCACCCCCACACCCAGCCUCUAGGGUCUUGCUGUGAUGCUGGGAGUUCCAGGCUGCUCUCUGGUCCUCUGGCCAGUCAACUUCCAGUCAAGCACUAUUUGCCAAACAGACUAUUUUGAGUUGCCCUUUGGCCUGUGCCUGAUGUGUUUCCAGUGCAGCUCGGCCUAGCUGAGGCCAGGGGUCUUUAUGCCCAGAGAUUCCCAAAGGACAGUUGGAAAGUGGCUGGCAUUGUCUUUCUGGGAAGAUUCUUAGAACAAAUGGAAGCCUGGAUUCCCACAGUGUCAGCCUGUGUGCCACCCCACCCUUCCCACACACUUGUACAUGGGCUGUAGUCGCAGAUUACAGGGUCCUUGCACCCUCUCUGUUCAGGGAUCCUGUCCUCGCCCAUGGGUUUUCAUCUGGCAGAGAACAUGGUCUUUAGACUCGAACUCUCACCUGUGCCCAGUGCCCCAGCCACAGAGCAGAGCCCACUCCUUACUGAAGACCCUGUGCUCAGGCAGUGGGAGGUGCCAGCCAGGCCUCAACUCACCAGCUGGCUUCGGGUCCUGAGGACUUGCUGAGGAGUGGGAGCCCAGGUGUCCACUGGUGCCAAGACUCUAUUUAGUUCAGUUUAGGGUUCCUUACCUUUUCCCUGCCCUUACCCUCCAUCCUGUCUCUUUCCCUUGAUUUGGGGGGUGGGGUGGGGAGGGUGGGAGGAGGAAUCAGUGUUUUAAUCAGAUUUUACAAAAACGUUUUAAUUCUUUGUACAAUUACCAUCCUAUGUAAAGAUGACAUUGUGUUCAGUUCAAGAUUUUCAUGGAAUAAAGAUCACACAGUACUUGAGGCCAUCUUCAUGUAA